CCAGUCUAGGCCACGAGGCCAAGCCAGCGAACCAGCCAAAAAAACUUAGCUUUGAGUGGAGAGCGGAGGGAAGGAAGCAUAUAAGAAGAAAUCCGCGCAGACAGUUUUGUAACGUUGAACUGUCUCUUCUACCAAAAACCUACUCCUCCUCCCCCUCCCAAACAAAACGACAACAUUCCAAUUUUGCUUUAUACAUUCUUCAUAACCCAGAUUCGAUCUCUUCUCUUUUCUUUUUGAUCUGGUUUUUCUUCUUUGUCUACACGCCGAUCUGGGUCUUUUCCAUCUUUCGUAUCCGAAGAAGAUAUGUUUCUCUUAGAUUGGUUUUAUGGCGUUCUUGCAUCCUUGGGUCUAUGGCAAAAGGAGGCCAAGAUUCUUUUCCUGGGCCUUGACAAUGCUGGAAAGACCACCCUCCUCCACAUGUUGAAGGAUGAGAGAUUGGUGCAGCAUCAGCCGACCCAGCAUCCAACCUCGGAGGAAUUGAGCAUUGGGAAAAUCAAGUUCAAGGCCUUUGAUUUGGGUGGCCACCAGAUCGCUCGUAGAGUUUGGAAAGAUUACUACGCUAAGGUGGAUGCAGUAGUUUACUUGGUUGAUGCCUAUGAUAAGGAGCGGUUUGCCGAAUCGAAGAAGGAGCUGGAUGCGUUGCUCUCGGAUGAAGCCCUGGCCAAUGUUCCCUUUCUUGUGUUGGGCAACAAGAUUGAUAUCCCACAUGCAGCUUCAGAAGAUGAGCUACGGUAUCACCUUGGCCUGACCAAUUUCACAACCGGCAAGGGCAAGGUGAAUCUUACAGAGUCCAAUGUCCGGCCUCUUGAAGUUUUCAUGUGCAGUAUAGUCCGCAAGAUGGGAUAUGGCGAUGGAUUCAAGUGGCUUUCCCAAUAUAUCAAGUAGGGACUAGGGUUAGAGGGAUGGCAUUUUCGCUCUGUAUUUGUGCUCUGGUAUUUUACCACAAAUUAUAUAGGAAGAGAAGUUUCAUAUUUGAUUUUGAUUGAGGAUUGAAGGGUUAACAAUUUGGGCAAAUAUUCUAUCCCUUGGUAUGUGCAACUUCAUAUUUGUACUUCUAAGCAAAGUCUGAUGCAACUAUUUUUUUGUUUUAUUAUUAUUAUUUUUUAUUUAUGAAUUCUGACUUUUGUCAAGCGGUAUUGUUUGCUUAGUGAGUUUGAAUAAAUUUUAGACAUUCUCCGUUCUUUAA